AUCAUGUCCGCAGCUUGCACUCGACUUUUGCCGUUCACCUUCGCUUCCACCACCGAGAUACCCCCGCAGCGACUUGUAAGAGUUGGAACUGGAAAGUUGGGAUUGGAAGGAACCAUAUCGGAAAACAGAGGACCGCCCGUCAUGUUCGCCGCCGCACGCACCUCGGGGCUCCGAUCUGCUCGCGCACAGCUUCGCCAGCCACAGUCACAAGCCGCAUGGGCACGAUUGGCCUCUACGCUCGCCGUCCUUGAGGCAAAGGAGGGCAGGCUCAACGUUGCUUCGCUCGCCGCUAUCACAGCCGGAACCAAGCUCGGUGGUCCGAUAACAGCCUUCGUCGCCGGAAGUGGGGGCAAGUCAGUCGCUGAGGAGGCAGGCAAGGCAAAGGGCAUCGAGAAGGUCGUCUAUGUCGACAAUGCUGCAUACGACAAGGGACUUGCCGAGAACUGGGCACCGCUGCUGGUCGAGAACAUCAAGCAGGGCGGGUACACACACGUCCUGGCCGGGCACUCUGCCUUUGGCAAGAACUUGAUGCCCCGUGUCGCAGCUCUGCUCGACGUCCAGCAGAUCUCAGACAUCACAGAGAUCGAGAGCGAGGACACAUUCGUUCGCCCCAUCUACGCCGGCAACGCCAUCAUGACCGUCCAGUCCAGCGACAGCACAAAGAUCAUCACCGUCCGCGGCACCGCCUUCCCCGCUCCCGAGACAGAAGGAGGAUCCGCGACAGUGGAGGAGGGCACAGAUCCCAAGGCCGAGUGCCCAACAGAAUGGGUGUCUGAGGACCUUGCCAAGUCUGACCGCCCCGAUCUCGGCUCAGCAAGCAAGGUCGUCUCUGGAGGACGCGGGCUGAAGUCCAAGGAGGAGUUCGACAAGCUCAUGCCCCCUCUGGCUGAUGCACUGGGCGCUGCCAUUGGUGCUUCGCGAGCCGCCGUCGACAGUGGAUUCGCGGACAACAGCUUGCAGGUCGGACAGACAGGAAAGAACGUGGCGCCGCAGCUGUACCUCUGCGCCGGUAUCUCCGGCGCCAUCCAGCACUUGGCUGGCAUGAAGGACAGCAAGGUCAUCGCGGCCAUCAACAAGGACCCCGAUGCGCCCAUCUUCCAGGUUGCAGACGUCGGUCUGGUUGGCGAUUUGUUCGAUAAGGUACCGGAGCUGACAGAAAAGCUGAAGCAGUAGCUAUGACGUCGUUGAUACCUACGUGUUGUAUAUAUUCCAAUGUAAGACUUCGAAUCUGGGCACCCUCAAAGUCAAGUAACAAUGGAUCCGAG